AUGCUGAGAUACGUACUGGGCAGAAGACAGCCCUGGACGGGAUUUGCAACCUUUCCAGCAUCCCAUUUCUGGGCUCUGUCUUGGCACUGCCAAUUCUCAUCCCAAUCCCUCCCCUUGUCGAAAGAGCAAUACACGAAUUUGGAAAUUUCAUCUUUCAAUUCUUCUGCAUACGCCAAUGUGCUUCAGAACUGCAUAAAGAACAGGGAUUUCAUCUUUGGAAAGGCACUCCACUGCGAUGUUUUAAAGAGAGGAGGAUGUUUAGACCUAUUUGGCCAGAACAUUUUGCUCAACUUUUAUAUCAAGUCUGAGUUAUUACAUGAUGCAGUUCAGCUGUUCGAUGAAAUGUCUACGAAAAAUGUGGUUUCAUUUGUUACUUUACUUCAGGGUCAUUUGCAAGCAGAGGAGUAUAUUACAGCUGUUGAAUUGUUUGUUAGAUUGCAUAGAGAAGGUCAUGAGCUGAACCCAUUUGUAUUCACAACAAUCUUGAAAGUGCUUGUGGGUAUGGAUGAAACAGAGAUGGGUUGGAGAAUUCAUGCGUGUAUUUAUAAGCUUGGAUUUGACUCUAAUCCUUUUGUCAGCACUUCCCUCAUUGAUGCUUACUCUGUUUCUGGACUUGUUGAUUUUUCCAGGGACGUUUUUGAUGGCAUUAUUGACAAGGACAUGGUGUCUUGGACAGGGAUGGUUACUUGCUAUGCGGAAAAUGAUUACUUUGAAGAAGCACUGAGAUGCUUCUCCCAAAUGAGGUUGGCAGGUUGGAUGCCAAAUAACUACACAUUCACGAGUGUCAUAAAGGCUUGCCUUGGUCUACAGGCCAUUGAUGUGGGCAAGAGUGUUCAUGGUUGUAUACUGAAAACUAGGUACGAGAUGGAUCCUUCAGUUGGUAUUUCGUUGCUUGACCUAUACUGUAAAUCUGGAGGUUUGAAUGAUGCUGCGUGUGUAUUUCAAGAGAUACCUGAGCGUGAUGUAGUUCAUUGGAGUUUUAUUAUAGCACGAUAUUCACAGAGUGACCGCUGUGAUGAGGCACUGAAGUUCUUUUCCCAAAUGAGGAGAGCAUUAAUUGUUCCAAACCAGUUUACUUUUGCUAGUGUGCUGCAGGCAUGUGCAUCUGUGGAGGCUUUAGACCUUGGGAUGCAAAUCCACUGCUACGUGACAAAGUUUGGUCUUGAUUCAGAUGUGUUUGUUAGAAAUGCCCUCAUGGAUAUGUAUGCUAAGUGUGGAAAGGUGGAAAAUACAGUAGACAUGUUUCUGGAGACCGAAAACAUAAAUGAUGUAUCAUGGAACACUAUUAUUGUUGGCCAUGUACAAUGUGGAGAUGGAGAGAAGGCACUAGCUCUGUUUAUUGAUAUGCAUGAAGCUCAAGUGCGAGCUUCAUCGGUGACAUAUUCGUCUCUGCUGCGUGCUUGUGCAACCCUGGCUGCAUUGGAGCCAGGUCUUCAAAUUCACUCUUUUACUAUAAAAACCAUUUACGAUCAAGAUCUUGCUGUUGGAAAUGCUUUAGUGGAUAUGUAUGCAAAAUGUGGGAGUAUUAAGGAUGCUCGGUUAGUGUUUGAAGCGAUGAUUGAGCGUGAUGUUGUAUCAUGGAAUGCUAUGGUUUCAGCAUAUUCCAUGCAUGGUCUUGGGAAUGAAGCUCUCAGUAUCUUUGAGAGAAUGCGCAGAACGCAUGUCAAACCUAAUCAAUUAACAUUUCUUGGUGUUCUUUCAGCAUGUAGCAAUUCAGGAUCUUUGAAUCAAGGAUAUGCAUAUCUCUCUUUGAUGCUGGAUGAUUAUGGUAUUGAACCUUGCGUUGAACAUUAUACAUGCAUGGUAUCACUUUUGGGGCGCUUAGGUCACCUUGAUAAGGCUCUUAAGUUGAUCGAAGACAUCCCAUUUGAGCCAAGUGUCAUGGUAUGGCGUGCUUUGCUUGGUGCCUGUGUUCUUCAUAAUGAAGUUGAUCUUGGGAAAACAGCUGCUCAGCGUGUGCUUGAAUUGGAACCACAAGAUGAAGCGACUUAUGUGCUGUUAUCAAAUAUGUAUGCCACUUCGAAAAGGUGGAAUAAUGUAGCUUUUGUCCGGAAAACUAUGAAGAAAAAACGACUAAAGAAGGAACCAGGACUUAGUUGGGUUGAAAACCAGGGCAGUGUUCAUUAUUUCUCUGUUGGUGAUGCUUCACAUCCUGAUAUCAAACUUAUACACGGAAUGUUGGAAUGGUUUAACUUGAAAAGUAAGGGGGGAGGUUACGUUCCUAAUUCUGAUGUUGUUCUACUUGACGUGGACGAUGAUGAAAAGAUACGCCUCCUUUGGUUACAUAGUGAGAGAUUAGCUUUAGCCUUUACUUUAUUAAGAACGCCGCCUGGAAGCCCAAUUCGGAUUAUUAAAAAUCUGCGAAUAUGUUUGGACUGUCAUGCAGCAAUCAAGUUUAUAUCAACACUUGUGCAGCGAGAAAUUGUUAUAAGAGAUAUAAAUAGGUUUCACCACUUCCAAAAUGGAGCUUGUUCAUGUGGUGAUUACUGGUAAUAUACCUCAGCUCCUAGGUUUUCUAUGUAUCCAUCUAUAUGAAACUUGCCUGUUUUGGCCUCUUAAGGACUGAUGCUGAUAAA